GAGGAAGGCGAGGGGGAGGGGGCCCGGCGGACGGUCCCGCUGCGGCCGCGGCGCCCGAGCCUCCCCGUCGGGACUCCGGUGGCGAGGGGCGGAGGAGGCGGCGGCCGGAGCCGGAGCGGGGGGCGCUCGCCGCUGCCCCGGGGCCGGGACAUGUCGUCGGCGGCGGUGGCGGCUGCUUCCCGCAGGCAGUCGUGCUACCUGUGCGACCUGCCCCGCAUGCCCUGGGCCAUGAUCUGGGACUUCACCGAGCCCGUCUGCCGGGGCUGCGUCAACUACGAGGGCGCCGACCGCGUGGAGUUCGUCAUCGACACGGCGCGGCAGCUGAAGCGGGCGCACGGCUGCUUCCCCGAGGGCCGGGCCCCGCCGCCGCCCCACGCCAAGCAGCCGCCGCUCUCCGCCAAGGAGCUCCUGGCGCAGCAGCAGCAGCUCGGCCACCCGGCGGCGGCGGCGGCGGAGGCGGCGGCGCGGCCCCCGCCGCAGCCCCUGGAGCGCUACUCGCUGGCGGCCGAGCGGCCGCCGCCCCGCCUGGGCGCCGAGUACGGCGGCGGACGGCAGGUCAACGGCAUCCUGGUGCCCAACGGCUUCCCCAAGCCCGAGGAGCCGCCCGAGCUCAACCGGCAGAGCCCCAACCCGCGGCGGACGCACGCCGUGCCGCCCACCCUGGUGCCGCUGGUGAACGGCGCCGGGCUUCCCGCCGCCAUCGGCGGCCUGGGCAGCCGCGCCGCCGCCGCCGCCGCCUCGCUGGCCGCCAUCUCCGCCACGCCCGCCCCGAUGGCCGUGCCCGUCCCCCAGCAGCCGGCGGCGGCGGCGCAGGCGGCGGGGCAGGCGGCGGGGCAGCCCGGCGAGCUGGGGCACAAGCGCCCCGGCUCCGUCUCCUCCUCCUCCUCCUCCUCGGGCGGCGGCGGCGCGGCGGGGGAGCACGACGGCGGCGCCAAGGAGAAGCGGGGCUCGGCCGAGAGCCUGCCGGCGGCGGCGGCGGCGGAGCUGGCCGCCGAGGGCAAGGGCCGGCCGGGCGGCGAGCAGGAGUGGCUGGCCAAGCCCAAGACGGUGCGGGACACGUUGCUGGCCCUGCACCAGCACGGGGGCCACGCCGUGCCCCCCUUCGACAGCAAGUUCAAGAAGGAGCCGGGCAUGGCGGGCGGCAGGCUGCUGGGCUACGAGACCAACGGCGCCGUGGCCAAGCCAGGGGCCCGGGCCGCCCGGAAGAGGAAGCCUUCCCCCGAGCCGGAGGGCGAGGCGGGACCCCCGAAGAUCAACGGGGAGGCGCAGCCCUGGCUGCCCACCUCGUCGGAAGGGAUGAAGCUGCCGCUGACGGCCACCCCCUUCAUGUCGCCCCCGCCGUCCACCGCCUCGCCCCACUCCAACCGGACCACGCCGCCCGAGGCGGCCCAGAACGGCCAGUCCCCCAUGGCCGCCCUCAUUUUGGUGGCGGACAAUGCCGGGGGCAACCACGCCUCCAAAGACGCCAACCAGGUCCACUCCACCACGCGGAGGAACAGCAGCAGCCCCCCCUCGCCCUCCGCCAUGAACCAAAGAAGGCUGGGCCCCGGCAGGGAGGUGCCGGGCCAGGGGGCCAACGCGGCGGGCGGGCUGGAGCCCGUCCACCCCGCCAGCCUGCCGGACUCGUCCCUCGCCGCCAGCGUCCCGUUGUGUUGUACCCUCUGCCACGAGCGCCUGGAAGACACCCACUUCGUGCAGUGCCCCUCCGUCCCUUCCCACAAGUUCUGCUUCCCCUGCUCCCGGCAGAGCAUCAAGCAGCAGGGAGCCAGCGGGGAGGUGUAUUGUCCCAGCGGGGAGAAGUGUCCCCUGGUGGGCUCCAACGUCCCCUGGGCCUUCAUGCAGGGGGAGAUCGCCACCAUCCUGGCCGGAGAUGUGAAAGUGAAAAAGGAGAGGGACUCGUGACUUGCCUGCUCUCGCCGCCCGACGUCACCUUGAACUCGAACUGCUCGAAUUCUGUAUAUAUCUAUAAAUAUAUAUAUAUAAAUAUAUAUAUAUCUCCAAGACAAGGGAAAUGUAGACUUCAUAAACAUGGCUGUAUAAUUUUGAUUUUUUUGAAUACAUUGUGUUUCUAUAUUUUUUGAAGACAAAAGGUAUGUACUUAUUAUAAA